AUGGCUGCUUUCGGGAUCGCGACCGGCGGUGGCAAUUGGUUUUCGGCGUUGGCUCUCGGGGUGACGCUCCUCAAAUGCCUUCUCAUCCCUACCUACCAUUCCACAGAUUUUGAAGUACACCGAAACUGGCUUGCUAUCACCCACAGUUUGCCAAUAUCACAGUGGUAUUAUGAGGCAACUUCAGAGUGGACCUUGGAUUACCCCCCCUUUUUCGCAUGGUUUGAGUAUGCCCUGUCACAUGUUGCCAAAUACUUUGAUCACGAGAUGCUGAAUGUCCGUAAUCUGAAUUACUCCAGCCCAAGGACCUUACUCUUCCAGAGAUUUUCCGUCAUCUUUACAGAUGCACUCUUUGUGUAUGCUGUCCAUGAGUGCUGUAAAUGCAUUGAUGGGAAAAAAGCAGGCAAAGAACUUACAGAGAAGCCGAAGUUUAUUCUGUCAGUACUACUGCUGUGGAACUUCGGGUUGUUAAUUGUAGACCAUAUUCAUUUCCAGUACAAUGGUUUUUUAUCUGGAUUAAUGCUGCUCUCCAUUGCACGAUUCUUUCAGAAAAGGCAUAUGGAAGGAGCAUUUCUCUUUGCUGUUCUCCUACAUUUCAAGCACAUCUACCUCUAUGUAGCACCAGCUUACGGUGUAUAUUUGCUGCGAUCUUACUGUUUCACUGCAAAUAAACCAGAUGGAUCCAUCCGAUGGAACAGCUUCAGCUUUGUCCGCCUUAUUUCCCUGGGACUGAUUGUCUUCCUAGUUUCUGCUGUUUCGCUGGGUCCUUUUCUAGCCUUGAACCAACUGCCUCAAGUCUUUUCCCGACUCUUCCCCUUCAAGAGGGGCCUCUGCCACGCAUAUUGGGCUCCAAACUUCUGGGCUUUGUACAGUGCUUUGGACAAAGUGCUGUCCGUCAUCGGUUUAGAACUGAAACUUCUUGACCCCAACAAGAUUCCCAAGGCCUCAAUGACAAGUGGUUUAGUUCAGCAGUUCCAGCACACAGUCCUUCCCUCAGUGACGCCCUUGGCCACCUUUAUCUGCACUCUGAUUGCCGUGUUGCCCUCUGUUUUCUGUGUUUGGUUUAAACCUCAAGGGCCCAGAGGCUUUCUCCGAUGUCUGAUUCUUUGUGCCUUGAGCUCCUUCAUGUUUGGCUGGCAUGUCCAUGAAAAGGCCAUUCUCCUUGCAGUUCUCCCAAUGAGCCUCUUAUCGGUGGGAAAAGCAGUAGAUGCUUCGAUUUUUCUGAUUCUGACCACAACAGGACAUUAUUCCCUCUUCCCUCUGCUCUUCACUGCACCAGAACUUCCCAUUAAAAUCUUACUCAUGUUACUGUUUACCAUCUAUAGUAUUUCCUCACUGAAGACUCUGUUCAGAAAAGAAAAACCUCUUUUUAAUUGGAUGGAAACUUUCUACCUUCUUGGCCUGGGACCUCUGGAAGUCUUCUGUGAAUUUGUAUUCCCUUUCACCUCCUGGAACCUGAAGUACCCAUUUAUCCCUUUGUUAUUGACCUCAGUGUAUUGUGCAGUGGGCAUCACAUAUGCUUGGUUCAAACUGUAUGUUUCAGUAUUGACUGACCCUCCUGUCGGCAAGACAAAGAAGCAGUGA